GAAGGCUUUAUCUAUGAGGGAAUGAAGAAUAAAAAAGCAAAGCCUGUUAAAGCUGGAAGCAACCGAAGGAAAGUUCUUAGCGAUGUGUCUCCAUCGACAAGUCUUCCUCCGCUGGUGGAGGGUCAGUUGCGAUGCUUUCUGAGAGUGACAGUAAGUAGAGUGCUUUGGACCAUAACUAAACCACCUUCAGAGACUCUGGUCAGAUUACGAUGGUGGGGAGAGUCGUCCAGCGGAACCCUGUUUCGUCCAAGGGAUGGAUCACACGUCGGGCAGAAGGGUGUGAAAUCCACGACCCGCUUCCCAGUCCGCUGUGGACCAAAACAGUUCACAUCUUACUUGACAGACAUGGGCUCACUGAUACUGGAUGUUUUGACAAAGCCAGAUCAUUUACCUAUUGCACGAGUUCAAAUCUCAGGGAUUGCACGACUUUCUUUAACCCACUCCAUUAGUGGAUUCUUCACAUUAAUAUCUCCAACAUCAGAAAAACUUGGGGAAUUGCAGGUUACACUCGCUCUUGAAGCACUAGCUGAAACAUAUGACAGCAGCAGCUCAGUGCCCACCACAGAUGUGAGUAUCGAUACAGCCAUGUCUGCUCCGGCCUUUGCCUCAAAGGCUUCAUCUGACCCAAGUGCCUUGGUAGUGCCACCUUUACCCCGACAUCUCCUGGCUAACAUCGGAAAGGAGUCAGUAGGAAGCAGCUCUGGCAACACUCCAAGGGGAAAGGAUCAUUUAUACUUUCAAGAGAAGAGCACUGUAAGAGUAUCAGGAGGACCAGGAGUUGGAGUAGAGGCAGUAAUCCCCACACCAACAGGCACACAGCCUGUCGAUACACGCUCUGCAAAUAGCCACACAUCCGUGGAUCUCCUGUCUGUUCUUCUCGAGCGUGGUAGCAAACUUAGAAAUGCCAUGGUGGUUUCAGCUUUGAAGACUGACUUAGAUUCUGAAACGGCUCUGAAGGACACCUCCGUCCCUCUACCGAGAGACAACGCUGGUCCACCACCACUGUUGCCACCUGCCCCCUCGUCUGGAAAGUUGCUGGAGAAUAUCCUUUACUCUGAUCCUGACCCCCUGAACUCCUCUCAUCGCCCCAUGUCCCCAAACUACCUCAGCGCAGAGUACACAGCAGACACUGAGAACAGAGCUGUGGACCUGCUGCUGGGCAGUGGUAAUGGAUCUGUAUUGCCUUUGUGGGAUGGAGAGGGUUCUCCUCCGGAGUCGCUCUCCAGUCACAGCAGUCUGUGUGUGGACAGUGAGCUUAACGAUCCGCAGUACGACCAGAGCCUGCUGGAGAAUCUGUUCUACAAAACUCCAGAGCCUGAUGGGAGUUUCAGUGUGAGUGGAGACACUGCAGAGAAAGAGGAAACUCUAAAGAGAAAAAGCGGAGAGAAGGCAGAGCCAAAGCAAACAGGCAGAAGUCCAGGAAAAAGUGUCAGAACUCUUGAUCCGGCUGGAGAGAAGCUCAGUGACCAGAGGGAUAUUUUACCUGGACUGAGUGCAGACAGGGUCACGGUUCUGGAAGGCAUCCGUGCGGUCAGGGUGAUCAUCCUCAGCUUGACCGUCCCUACAGACAGCAGGUCGGCCACACCUACAAAACUCUCUGUGAGAGGAAAACCACCUCGACCACUCACGACCAGGAGAUGCUCUUAUUUUAUAGAGUACCUCUUCCCAUUGGCUUCCAUUGGACAUGGUAACAGUCGAGCUGCUGAGGUUACGAGAAUCGUGUCCAGUAAGGUCACCGGGGGAGAGGUGAAGUUCCAGCAGCGAAACAUAUUUCCUGUCCAUUUUGAUAUACCAACGAUAAAACGGUGGUGGGACGCAGAACUUACAUUGAAGAUCUAUUGCAGAAAAAGUUCUCAAAAGAAACCCGUUCCAGUUGGUAUAGCAGUGUUUCCUCUGCGCUCCAUACUACAGAGUGAAAGGCUAAGUCUGACUACAGCUCUGUCUGUUCAGAGACUUGGCCUAGACACUGGGAGACAAGGCUUAGGACCUCUGAAGGUUUCAAUUGAAUUAGCCACAGACAAAAAAGACUUCUCUGCCAAGACCAGGUCUGCUGGAGGGUUUAAAGCAGGGCAGAGUUCUGACACACACUCACAGGAAGGAACCGCUCCCAGCCAAUCAGAUGUCUCCUUCAGACCCCAGAUUGCUGACCCUGUUAGCAGUAACGCUCCGGGUUUGACUAACGGGUACAGCAGGAGAGACAGAAGAGACGUGUCUCCCGUGGGAAUCCGUUCAGCCCAGAAUGUUCCGACCUCCAGACCAUGGCCUAUGCCAUCUCAAGCCGGCCUCCAAACCUCGCUGAAUAAACCUCCUCCACAGCAGCCGCCGGAUGACAAAGAAGAGGAUACAGUUCUGCUUCAUGCUUUGUUGAUGGUACCUGAUGGGAAAGAUUUUAACUGCGGACCUGGGCAGCAGCCUAAUGUGUACUUAAACUGUAAACUCUUUGGCUCUGAUGAGACUACCCGAUCGGUGGUUAGCUGGGGUCAAACAAAUCCAUCUUUCAAUUUAGUCCAGGUGGCGCCAGUGGCCCUGGGCUCCAGACUUCUGGAGAGGAUGAGGAAUAAUGUGAUGGUCAUAGAGGUGUGGCAGAAAGUGGGCAGCUCAGGGAAUGACAAACUGCUUGGCCUGGUCAAACUGCCUCUUCACCAGUUCUACAUUUCAUUCAGGGACCCAAGGAUAUCCCACCUUCUCCUGCAGGCUCAGUACCCAGUGAUAGGCGUGGACAGCUACCUGCCUGUCAUUGACGUAUUUUCAGGCAACACCCAUGGAAGCCUGCGGGUGUGUUUGGCCAUGGGUCUCACGCAGCAGAUACUAGCACUGCAGCGCAUGAGAGGUGAAGAACUUGGCUUUGCUCCUCAGAUACCACGCCCAGUCCACCUACUGGACCACAGGCCGCAUGCUGACCGAGGGGGGAGUGAUGCUGAUGUAGAGGCCAUGAAUGAACAUGUGUUUUUGGUCAGAGUUGAGAGGGUGAAGGGACUGACCCCCUUGCAGUCCACUGUUUGGGGAGAGGCCGACUGCUAUGUUCAGUACUCCUUCCCAACUCAGGAGGAAGAGCCCAAACAGAAUGUGGAUCCAAACAUUAUAGAGAGCAGUGUGAGUCUGAAGCAGUUUCGCACUGCUGCCACUCUGUGUGUUCCCGACCCUGUUUUUGGACACAGCGAAAAGCAUGUGCUGUUGGUUCCUGUUGGGAUCCCAGUACAGAGACUGCUGCUCAGUUCCCUGGCCAGUCAGGGCCUCAAGAACGGGGGCGGAGUCCAGUUUGAGGUUUGGUGCAGGUAUUAUUACCCAAAUGUUCGAGACCAGCUGGUGGCCAAAGGCAUGCUGCCCUUGUCUAAAUUGUGUGCCAUGGUGACAAUGCAGAGGCAAGGCCAAACAGACUCCCAGCAUUUCUCCCUCCCAUUAGUCUCACGGAUGGACUCCCCUGCCGAGCAGCAGUUCCAGCCCUCUGGUUUGCUGGAGGUGAGUGUUCAGUGUAAGUGCAGGACUCUGAGGACUGACGGCGUGAGGGGUGGAGCCGUGGCCACCCGUGCGGUGACUCUUGUGGUGCAGGUGCACAGAGCAGCUGGUCUGAAGGCCGCAGCACGUACUCUCGCGGGAGCUGACGAUGGGUUCCAGUACUACGCUGAUGUGGGCGUGAACUCUUUUGUCAGCAUGCAGUUGUCUUUCCUGCCGGAGAGCGAGAAGAGGAACACUCGUGUAGCUGCCAGGGCCUUCUGCCCAGAGUUUGACCAUCACACGGAGUUCACCUGUAAUCUGCUGAUGCAGAGGGACACCGGAGAAACCCUCAGCCUGGCCGAACUGCUGCAGGAGGCCGUGGCCGUGUUCACCGUCUACAACAGAGACAGUCGCAAAGCGGUGGACGUAGCAAGACGAAAAGACACUGUGCUGGGGAUGGUUAAAAUCAAGCUUGCAGAUCUCAUUCAUAAAAGAACAGGUGUAUCUGGUUGGUAUGGCCUUUCUCUGCCUCCAGACAUGGUGUCAUCAUGUGAGAGUUACACUUCAGUGGGGGGGCUUGAGGUCUCGAUAAGCUUCGCCCACCCCGCCGACAGAGAACGGGUCAUCAGCGCAGCUCGAGGGUUGGGCUGGGAGGUGGAGAGACAGAGCGAGGAUGAAGAUGAAGAUGAUGAAGAUGAAACGGAAGAAAUAAGGCCUUUAGCGGUGUCAGUAUCUAUGCCCAGGGCGUGGCUGCCCAUCCCUUGCCUGCUCCUGCCAGGUCACAGUGAGUUGCGACGAUCCACAUACUGUUACUACAGAUACAAACUCUAUGACUCUGAGGCUUUCUGCUCCUCGCUGAGACACCCGGGUCUGGACGAGGAGAGAGAAGACAGCGUGGCCACAGUGGCCUUCCAGGGCUCCAACAGUGUAGAACUAAGGUGGAGCCAGCCGCUACGCUGGUACCUGAGGGAGGAGAAGCUGGAGGUGCAGAUGUGGGUGGCCUUUGGGAAGGAAAAGCGAGCCAGGCCGCAUGAUUCAGAUCGGCUGGUGGGCUCUGCCUUCGUGGAUCUUUCCUCUCUCGCCAAGACCUCCAAACACAAGCAGACCAUUAGUGGCGUGUACCCUCUGUUCAAGCGCUCUGCUGCUGACCUGUGUGGUGCUGCGCUCAGGGUACACAUCACCGUGACCGCGGGCUCUCUGCCGCUGGAGCCCGCUGUUGUGGAGGACAGUGAGGAAGAGCUGGCGAUGUCACCGGGAGAGGAAGAAGAAACUCGCUCUCCAGCGACAGCGUCCAGACAAACCCGCGCACUGAGCAGGCACCAGACGAAGUCAACCGCAGGCCCAGAACUUCCCCCGCCAGGCAACCCAGAGCUCAGCGAAGAGGACACGUUUAGCGUCAGCAUCACCGUCGACCGAGCCAUGCACCUUAGCCUGAAAGGGUGCCCUUUGGCAGAGAGAAGUGGGGGAUUACCGUGCUGUUGUGUGUCUUAUGCUACUGCCGACGCCUUUGGCACAGUCAGCACUGCUGUAGUGCAGGACAGUAACUGCCCAGUGUGGGAUCAUCAGCAGGAAUGCAGGCUCUCUAAACAGCUUCUUCUGGAUCCACAACAGUGUCUGGUUUUCAAAGUCUGGCACAAAGGAGAAGUGGAGCGGGUGAUUGGAUUUGUGUCCGUGGACUUGUCCCCGCUGCUCUCAGGGUUUCAGUCAGUGUGUGGCUGGUACAACAUCACAGACUUCAGUGGUCAGUGCCAGGGCCAGCUGAAGGUGUCUGUUACUCCACUAAUGGGAGUUCAGGAGUUACGUUCCCAGAGGAAGGCUGCAUGGGAGGAGCCCACCAGAGAUUCCAGCGCUCUCUUUAGGUCCAUGCCUCUCCUCUACCAGACUUCAGGCCUGUACAGUAGCUUCCCCAGUCAUAUCAGCCAGUUCCCAGAACAACGAAUAAACACCUCCCCUGAUCACCUGGACAGACAGCUCACUGACAGGUCCAGCGUGAGCGAUCGUUACGACGAGCAUCUGGACAACGUCCGCCUGUUCCACCAGAGCCUUCAGGAGGGUGAGAGAGACCCUCGCCCUGGUUCCACAGGGGACUCCCGUCCCUCCAGUUCAGCACUGUUCUCUGCACUGAGGAAAAACCUGAGUGAAUUGGAUGAUAUCCAAAGGUACUUCAGCCGUAAACUGUCCACCCCUACGUUUCCAGUGCUUGGUGAGCAGGGGCAAGUCUCUCGGCUGGGGGAACACAGGGACUCAGAAUCAGACACUGCACAGCUGCUGCUCAAAUCAAACCAGCUGGUGGGAGAAGUCAACAAUAUCAUUAAAGGAUUAAGUGAACAUCAAACAGACAGAACUGAGAUGAGCUGGUCAUCCAUUCCAGAGGAACCCGAUCUGUCAGGAUUAGACCACCGACCUCCACGUGGGCCGGAGAACUCUGAGACGGCACUGCUCUCUCAUCGAGAGUCUGAGACCGGCCAGGAGGACAUCUCUCCUAUCUCCUCACCUCCUCCACAGGAGCAGAGUCACUCACCAGUUUCUGACAAGGAUGUCCUACAAGACUUCGACGCUCCCAUUUCAAGUGAGGACGAGAAUGAGCAUAAAGAAGAGGACAGGGAAGAAGAAGAGGGGGUGGAUGAAGGAGAAGUUGAAGAAUUUGAGGAGACGUUAAUCGAGCCUCGACCACUGAACGAGGUCACCUCGAUAACGGACAGGACCAGCCCCUGGACGAGCGUCAUGUCAGAUCCAGACCUGGGUUCUCUGGAAAGCUUAGAGGCGGUGGUGGAACAGCCCGCCAGAGAUUACUCAUAUCCAAUGCAAGUGGAGACGAGAAACGUCAGGGAAUCCUUAGAGAUAGUAAACCCACAGGCAUUGACUUCUGACAGCAUGCAGAGAGGUGGUGCUGGUGGUACUACUCUCUCUGAUGAAUCUGACUCAGGUGAGUCUGACAUGGCCAGAGAUUCAGAAAGCAUGAUCGAAAACCAAGAGGAAGAUGAACACAAGUCCAUUGCUCUACAUGAAGACUCUUCCUUAGAGUCACCUGGAAGGGAUCAUUAUACCAGAAUGUCUGACUCUGAAGACGAGAAUGAGCAAGGAGCUGCGUCUGUUCUCUCUAGCUCGGAUCCUGUGGAGUUACCAAAUUUCUUCCUUCCAUCUCAUCAACUGGAGGCCUCUAUGAGAGCUCUCAGACUAGCGCCUGUCUUUCCCUCAGGACCUUCUGAUCCAGAGAACGUCAGACAUGGCAUUCCCUAUCGGAGAGUGACUCGGCAAAGACCAGUCGUACCACCGUCUUCAGUGAAGAAAGAGGAAACAAAGAGAAUAGCAAAAAUAUUUGCGUCUAAUUUUAAAGAAGACCGUUAG